AUGGCGUCCGAGGCUAAGCCCGCUGAUAAUGUACCCGAAGAAGUAUAUCCCGUCUUCACGCUCGAUGACAACGAGACACUUCGUGGCAUUGUCGUAACAUGGACGCUGCGCUUCAACGAUGUACUCGAUUCCGACAAACUACACAAAUCAUUGUGGCGGCUCCUCGAGAUUGACGAUUGGCGCAAGCUUGGAGGACGCUUGCGGUUGAACGCAAGCCGGAAGUUGGAGAUCAGUGCUCCUCGCGAGUUCACGACCACACGGCCGCCAGUCCGAUAUAAUCACGUCGCAAAAUCGACGAGCAUAGGUGAAGAUUCUCUCGGCAAAGACCUGCCAAAGUCGUCUUUUGGAAACGGCUUCCAAGAUGGCUCGCGAAAAUUUCAACCUUUCGCAGUCCCUGAAGACGCCCCCAAGAUCUUAUCAGACUACCUGAAGGGCGAUGUCCCACAGAUCUCAUUGCAAAUUACUUCCUUCAAAGACGCGACUCUCGUCGGUUUGUCCUGGCCACACACACUCAUGGAUGUCAUGGGCCAGCAAGCUCUGCUUCAUGCCUGGUCGCUGGUGAUCAAUGGCCGAGACGACGAGGUUCCAGCAAUGCUCGGCGCACGCGAGGAUGCAGUGGAGAAAGUCGUGGAGACAGCACGUGCAGAAGGCAAAGCGACAGAACCGUUGGUAUUGCAGGAUCAGCGACUCAGCACAUUUGGGAUGAUCGGUUUUGGCUUACGCUUCGCCUGGGGCAUGAUUCGAGAGCCUACAGCAGUGGAGCGGUCAUUCUGUCUCUCGCGUAAAGAGAUUGAGACAUUGGUACGGGAGGCGCAGGCCGAUCUCGAUGCGACGACUGCAGCCGGCGCAGAACGCCCGUUCGUCAGUGAAGGCGAUGUACUCACCGGAUUCUUCGUGCGUGCACUCGCCCGUGCUCUGCCAUCGCCAAGGCCUAUAAUCGCCCUUCACGCACUGAACUUGCGCUUCCGCAUUGCUGCUAUUGCACAGGCAUCGGGUGUCUAUAUUCAGAACAUGGCCAUCGGCGCAUUCUUAUUGCUCGGCGCUUCCGAGGCUACCGGCUCCAUCGGCAGCAUCGCACUCGCGAACCGCAAAAGUCUAGCGACCCAGGCCACCGAAGCACAAGCUCUCGCAUAUCUCAACGAGGUCUUCCCGGCUCGUGAAAACCCUGCCAAGACAGGCCUCGAUCCCGCAAGGUUGCUAUUCGGGCCCACCGACGGUCUCCUUGUGCCAUUCACCAAUUGGACGCGCGCGAAGUUCGCAACCACAGCAGAUUUCGCCGGUGCCGUGAUCAAAGCAGGAGACUCUUCCGAGUCGCGGGUCAACCCUCCCGGAACCAUCAUCUACCACCAUGCAUCCUCCUUGGCGGCGAACGCAGGCGCGAAGAAUGUUUUCGUGCUGCUUGGCGAGGAUCACGCUAGGAAUCAUUGGAUCACGGCAUCGUUGCUCCCCGCGACGUGGGUGUCAAUUGGAAAAGAGCUAGACAGGUUGCGAAGCACGACUGUGGCAUAG